AUGGCGAACAACUACAUCUGCCAUGCCCACAAAUGGAUCCUCAGCCACAUCAGGAAGAUAGAUGGCCAGGGAAUACUGUCCCCAGACACUGCACAUCACAUAGAUGGCAUCUAUGAGCACUCAAAUAGCAUCAUAAAUGCCUGGAAGGACCUUUUGGGUGAUCAACGCCUCCUCCAUUGGUACCUCUUUGAUCUCACCUCGUACGAGAUCAACAGGCUGCAGGAGAUGAUUGAUGAAAUCUCCAUAGAAGAUGAGAAGAAAGGGAUCAUCCAACGUUUCAUCGACAUCACAAGACUUGACCCAGACUCACCGAUAGACCCUGUGGAUGGGGAAGAUUAUCAAUUCCAUCGGGGAGAGGUGCUCGGGGACAUACUCGACAACAACAAGGAUGACUUUGAGGCAUUCAGGACAGCCGUCAAGCAGUUCUUUCCACAGUGCUCACAAUUCCUCGCAAUCAAGCACCGCACCCCGACUGAAACACCAAACAGGGAACUAUCGCAGGGUCUCCUUGACUCCUGCAUCGCCAUCCUCAACCUAUGGGAGAGGUUCACUUGGAGGCAGAGGAGGUUCCUCAUCGAGGCAAUCGAGAUGUUCGAUCCACAGAUCAGGGCCGCAGCCACCUUCAUCCGGAUUUCCGACCCAACGAUGAAUGAUAUCGUUGACAAACUCCACAUCACGGCAAUCGGACUCAAGGACUGCAGAUACGGCGGACAACCUCCCCCACAGAAGAGGCAGAGGCAUACCACUGGGACGAGACAUCCACGCUCUAACAACAACAACAACAACAACAACAACAACAACAACAACACGUGA